UUUCGUCAUCAUAUACAAGGCGAUGAACUUCCAAUUUCGUGAAAAAGGAAUAAGGAGGCUGUUGGACGACAUGUAUCGAUAAUCUCUGCGAAUUUUCCGAAGUCGAACAUAUUAAGAAACUUAUCGACAAGUAUUACAAACGACAACGAAUGAUCUUCAGUGGGUUUAGUGCGUUAGCAUUUACGUUGGCAGUUGUUCUGUUAUUAUUCUCACCGAUGGAGAACGGACUACCGAUCAGAGCCCAGUAUCCUUUUAAUACAACGGCAUCACCUUCGCACGAGAUAGGUUUCACCAUAGAAACCUGCGCCAUUUCUGGUGCUUUACUAGGAUUACUAGGAAUAGACAGUAUUUCGUCCGUGAUCUGCGUUUUGCUCACUCAACUGUUUCAUAUGUUGAAUGUAAACUUUGAAAAUUGCACGAAUGAAACGAACGAGAAUGCAGCUAAGUUUUAUGAUGAACACAUUAGCACGAAUAUUCGUUACGACAAAAGAAAAUCGAACAAUACGUUUCUCCAUCGUUACAAAACGUGUCUUCGAUUUCAUCAGCGGUUAAUACCUAUGUGCAAUGAUUACAACAAAUUGUUCAGCAUGAGCAUGUUCGUUCAGAUGCUUUCGAGUACUUCGAUCAUUUGCCUGACUGGCUUUCAGGCUGUUGUGGUCGGAGGCCAAAAUUCAGACAUCAUAAAGUUCGGUAUUUAUCUAAGCGCGGGCAUAUCUCAACUCUUCUAUAUCUGUUGGAUUGGAAAUGAACUGAGCUAUAUGAGCUCGACGUUGGACAGAAGCCAAUGGCUCUCAGGCUGGCAUAACGAAUGUUUAACGAAUAUCGUGCAGAUAUUCACGUUAUCCACGAUGUUCACCAGGCAGUCGAUAACUUUAAAAGCCAGCGUAUUUUUGGUGCUAUCUCUGGAAACUUUUAUCACCGUACGUACACGUCGAUCAACUAUGCGACGCUACCUGCGCUGUACAACUGUGAUACACAGUAUACUCGUUGCAGAUCAUAAAGGGGUCUUACUCGAUUUUUGCUUUAUUGGACAAUAUGCAAACAACUAGUCGUUAACUCUGCAAUUUUGUCCUGUGCUAUACUGUACAAUCUGUAAAAAGGAUUUUUUAGCCAAUAAUGUACAAAUAUAAAGACGAGGUAACGUAUACUAUGCUCGUUCGAUAAUUGUACGUAGCAUAUACGAGACUGACCUGAUAUUACAUUGUAUUUCGGUGU